AUGACUUCCCUCCCCCCAAUUUUAUCAGACCUGACUCACAUCUCCUCGAGGCACAUAUUUGGUAUCGGUACUAUGGAUCCAUUGUCCAUUGCCUCUGGAAUCGCCGGGCUCAUUACUUUAAGUACACCGGUACUCGCAGCCGGCUACAAUUAUGUGAGAAUUGUUACCGAUGCCCCAGAAGAUCUCAGAAGUCUCGUCAGAGAAACAGGAUCUCUAAAUGCCCUUCUGUCCGAGUUGAUGGCCCAUUCUCUCGUGGAAGAAAUUGACCACCAAGCCAAAAUCGAGAUCUCAACACAACAACAGACUCUCCAGGAAUGCGAGGACAUCGUUCAUGGUAUUGAGUCCCUCGUUCGUGCCUGCAAAGAUGGGCAUGAUAGUCAGACAAAGCAUGCUGUCAACACUGUCUUUUGGCCACUUAGACAAAAAGAGAUCACCAGGCUCCGGAAUAGGCUCAUGAGGCUCUUCACGAUUCUGAGCGCAUCUAUCUCGAUUGAAAAUUCGAUGGUUCUUCAAAAUUUGAAGCAUGAACAAAGGCGUGGAAGUUUCAUCAUGCGAGGCUUGGAAAAGAACUCGAGAGAUUUACAAGAACAGAAAAUGCUUGAUUGGCUGUCACCACUUGACUCCACUGCGAAGCAUUUAUCCACCUCUCAACUCAGACAUCCAGACACAUAUAAAUGA